UAUCACACUCUACUAUCACACUCUACUAUAUCUCAAAAAAAUGUUAUUUGAAUACAGUUCAAGCUCAGAAUCUGCUGAUGAGAAUCCAUACGGAUAAGUUGAUCGAAUGGUUGACGAAUUUGUCACUCAUCACUUACCAAACACAUUCUUUCCACGAGGUCCUAGACUUCGAAAUGUGAAUGAUACCAUUCCGAUUCCAGCAGAUAGAAACCGUGAAGAAAGGCAUAACCGCUUGUUUAAUGAUUACUUUGCGGAAAAUCCAGUAUAUUCAGACAAACAGUUUCGUCGAAGGUUUCGAAUGAGAAGACCUUUGUUUUGCCGUAUCAUGAACAAAGUGGUUGAAAAUGAUGUUUUCUUGCAACAGAGAAGAAAUGCUGCCGGAAAAUUAGGGUUAUCAGGAUUGCAAAAAUGCACUGCAGCUAUCAGAAUGUUAGCAUAUGGUUUGGCUCCGGAUGCAAUUGAUGAAUAUCUGCGAAUGGGUGAAACAACUUCAAAAAAAUCAUUAUUACAUUUCACUCAAGGGGUAAUCAAGCAUUUUGAAGAGGAUUACCUAAGAAGUCCUACAGAUGAAGACUUAAGGAGAAUCCUUUAUCAAAAUGAAAUGCGCGGAUUUCCAGGCAUGAUCGGUAGUAUUGAUUGUAUGCACUGGGAAUGGAAGAACUGUCCUACCGCAUGGAGAGGUCAAUACCAAGGACGCAGCGGGAAAGCGUCCCUAAUUCUUGAAGCUGUUGCAGAUCAAGAUCUAUGGAUUUGGCAUUCAUUUUUUGGUAUUCCUGGUUCAUCUAAUGACCUUAAUGUUCUGCACCGUUCUCCUGUUUUUGAUGAUGUUUUGACAGGUAAGGCACCUCCUAUCACUUUUCAGGUGAAUGGACAUGAAUACAACAUGGGGUACUACCUCACAUAUGGUAUUUAUCCAAAUUGGGCUACGUUCAUUCAAGGAUUUUCUCGUCCCCAACUUGAAACGGAAAGGUUGUUUGCUAACAGACAAGCGCAUGUUCGUAAGGAUGUUGAACGUGCAUUCGGAGUUUUGCAAGCAAGAUUCGCCAUUGUACGACAACCAUCUCUGGCUUACGAUGAAGAUAUAUUAGGCGAUAUAAUGAAGGCUUGUAUCACCUUACACAACAUGAUAGUUGAGGAUGAACGAGAUAUGUAUGUCCGAGCUGAUGUGUUACAAAGGUACUAUGAAGAAGACCUUUCGAGCUUAACCGCAACAGUGAAUAAUGUGAACCCUUUGAGUUCCAGACUGGACAACCCUACUCCAUUAACGCAUUAUUGGGGAGAAUAACAACUUUGCGUAGCAGUCAAAUUCACCACUCUUUGAAAGAGGAUUUAAUUGAGCAUAACUGGAAAAAGUAUGGAGGCAAUAAUCAUUAAACUCAUGCCUCGAAGAAGAGUUGUUAUUUUAGUGGUUGCGUUUGAUUUAUCGUAAUUUUUUUAAUCAUAUUUUGGCUUUAUGAUGUUUUAGUUUAUGACAUAGUGUGUUUAGUCCAUCUAUUAUGUAUUUAUUCAAUUAUGUCCCUUUAUUUUAUUUAAAUUUAUGAAAUAUUUUCAAUAAAAUUUAUAGUAUUAAAAAUAGAUAUAAAAAUAACGUAAAUAAAAUGAUUAACGUAAAUUAAAUAAUUUAUCUUAACUAAUUGUUAAAAUUCAUUUAAGUUAUUAAUAUAAUUGAAUAAAUACAAAAAGGAUGGAGUAUGUGGGAAAUAGAAAGUGUGGUGGGGUUUAGUGAAUAGUAAAAGUAAAAGUGGUGAGGAGUUUUUUAUUUUGCUCAUUGGUGGGAUGAGUUUGUUGUAACAAAAUUUGUAUGUGAGGAAAGUGAUGUGGAGGAGUAAGAAAGUGGUAGAGAGAUAGUGGUGAGGAGUUUU